AUUACACACGAGAAAAACACACAAUUAAUACACUCGAAAUUGUCAGAUCUACUUUAACCCUUAGACUUUAUUUAAAAUUACGAAAAUGUCAAGCGACAGCGACGACGAGGACGAGCUUCUCCAGAUGGCAUUGAAGGAACAAGCGCAACGCGAUCUCAACUACCAGAAACCACCGUCGUCGAGUCAGCGGAAACCGGUGGUGAAUUUCGUACAGCCACCGAAGACGACGGCGGCGGCGGCGGCUGCGGCAGCGCCGAAGAAGGGGACGAGCCCGGCGCAGAAUCAGAAGAACAGGAGAGUGGUGGAGGAUGACGAUGAUUCAGAGCUGGAAAUGCUUAGUAUCUCGAGUGGUGAUGAGGAGGUGACUAAGGAUCGAGGUGGAGGCGGCGGGGGAGCGAAAGGUAGAGUUGCCGGAGGUGGCGGUGGGAGAGGUGGGAAGGAGGAUGAUAGAGGUUGGGAUGGUGAAGAACCUGAUUGUUGGAAAAGAGUCGAUGAAGCUGAGCUUGCUCGUAGGGUUCGUGAAAUGAGAGAAACAAGAACAGCGCCAGUGGCUCAGAAGUAUGAGCGAAAACCUUCAGCAAUCGGGAGAAAGGGGCUUAACAAUUUACAGUCAUUCCCUCGGGGCAUGGAAUGUAUAGAUCCACUUGGGUUAGGAAUCAUAGACAACAGAACGUUAAGGUUGAUUACUGAAUCAUCAGACAGCUCGCCAAAAUCUGAUAAAGAAUCUCUGGAUAAUAAUCUUCGCGAGAAGUUGUUAUAUUUCUCUGAAAAGUUUGAUGCAAAGUUGUUUCUAUCCCGAAUACAUCAAGAUACCAGUGCUGCAGACCUGGAGGGUGGUGCUCUCGCUUUAAAAACUGAUCUCAAAGGACGUACUCAACAGAGGAAACAACUGGUUAAGGACAAUUUUGACUGCUUUGUCUCAUGCAAAACUACAAUUGAUGAUAUUGAAUCCAAAUUGAAACGUAUUGAAGAAGAUCCUGAAGGUUCUGGGACUUCUCACCUUUUCAAUUGCAUGCAAGGAGUAAGCUCACUGGCUAACCGCGCUUUUGAGCCUUUAUUUGAGAGACAGGCUCAAGCUGAGAAAAUCAGAUCCGUCCAAGGCAUGCUUCAGAGAUUUCGUACGUUAUUCAACUUGCCAAGCACAAUCCGUGGGAGCAUUAGUAAGGGUGAAUAUGACUUGGCAGUGAGGGAAUACAAAAAGGCGAAGUCGAUUGCUCUGCCCUCUCAUGUAAAUAUACUAAAACGUGUUCUUGAAGAGGUUGAAAAGGUGAUGCAUGAGUUCAAAGGCACACUUUACAAAUCGAUGGAAGAUCCGCAAAUAGACCUAACAAAUCUUGAGAACACUGUGAGACUGUUGUUGGAGUUGGAACCUGAUUCAGAUCCUGUAUGGCAUUAUUUAAGUGUACAGAAUCACAGAAUUCGAGGCUUGCUAGAGAAAUGCACCUUAGAUCAUGAAGCAAGGAUGGAAACUUUGCACAAUCAGAUGCGUGAAAGAGCUAUCUCUGACGCAAAGUGGAGGCAAAUUCAACAAAAUCUCAAUCAAUCUUCAGAUGUCAACUAUUCUCUUGAAAUGGGGAACAUCCCUCUGCCAGUAGACUCACAGCCAAUAGACUUGACCGGUGAAGAAGUUGAUGUUCUUAGAGGAAAGUAUAUCCGAAGAUUAACUGCUGUACUGAUCCAUCAUAUACCAGCCUUCUGGAAAGUGGCGCUUUCUGUUUUCAGUGGAAAAUUUGCAAAGUCUUCCCAAGUUUCUUCUGAAUCAAAUGUUAAUACUUCAUCAAAUAAAACUGAGGAAAAAGUUGGGGAUGGGAGGUAUUCUACACAUUCUCUUGAUGAAGUUGCUGGAAUGAUUCGCAGUACUAUAUCAGCAUAUGAAGUCAAGGUUCACAACACAUUCCGUGAUCUUGAAGAAUCAAAUAUUCUGCAGUCUUAUAUGAGUGAUGCCAUAAAGGAUAUAGCCAGAGCCUGCCAAGCUUUUGAAGCAAAAGAAUCAGCUCCACCUACGGCUGUCAUGGCUCUCAGAGCACUUCAAGCAGAGAUUACAAAGAUUUACAUACUUAGGCUCUGCUCUUGGAUGCGAGCAACAACGGAGGAGAUAUCCAAAGAGGAAACAUGGCUUCCUGUAUCUAUUCUUGAAAGGAAUAAAUCUCCAUAUACAAUAUCUAUCUUGCCUCUAGCAUUCCGCUCAGUUAUUGCUUCAGCUAUGGAUCAGAUCAGCUUGAUGAUUCAGUCCUUGAGGAGUGAAGCAAGGAAGUCAGAAGACAUGUUCGCCCAACUUCAAGAUAUUCAAGAAUCAGUUAGACUUGCCUUCUUAAAUUGUUUCCUAGAUUUUGCUGGUCAUUUGGAGCAAAUUGGCAGUGAGCUUGCCCAAAACAAAUCAAGCAAAGAAACUCCACAUUUGCAGAAUGGAUAUGCUUAUGAUUCAGAAGAGAACCCACCGUCUGAUCUCUCUGGAAAUGUUGUUGAUUCUCAUAAAAAAUUGUUGAUAGUCUUAAGUAAUAUCGGAUACUGCAAAGACGAACUUUCCUAUGAGUUGUACAACAAAUAUAGAAACACUUGGCAGCAGUCUAGGGAAAAAGAUGAAGAGGACAGUGAUACACAAGAUCUAGUAAUGUCCUUCUCUGGUCUUGAAGAGAAGGUCCUUGCACAGUAUACUUUUGCGAAGGCAAAUAUGGUCAGAACAGCGGCUAUGAACUAUUUGCUCAAUUCUGGUGUUCAAUGGGGAGCUACACCUGCAGUCAAAGGUGUUCGUGAUGCGGCUGUGGAGUUAUUGCACACUCUUGUAGCUGUGCACUCAGAGGUCUUUGCUGGUGCUAAGCCUCUGCUGGAUAAGACACUUGGCAUUCUUGUGGAAGGUUUAAUUGAUACGUUUCUGAGCCUUCUUUAUGAAAACAAAAGUAAAGAUCUUAGGUCACUUGACUCAAAUGGAUUUUGUCAGCUCAUGCUGGAGCUUGAAUAUUUCGAGACCAUUUUGAAUCCAUAUUUCACACCUGAUGCAAGGGAGUCGCUCAAGUCCUUACAAGGUGUGCUGUUAGAGAAAGCAACUGAGAAUGUUGCUGAAGCUGUUGAAAAUCCAGGGCAUCAACGGAGAUCAACUCGUGGCAGUGAAGAUGCGCUUGAUGACAGGCAGCAAGGGAUGACUGUCUCACCAGAUGACCUAAUUGCUCUUGCCCAACAAUGUAGCUCUGAAUUGCUUCAAGCAGAACUUGAGAGAACUCGAAUCAAUACAGCAUGCUUUGUUGAGUCGAUUCCCUUGGAUGCAGUGCCAGAAUCUGCUAAAGCUGCUUAUGGCAUUCGAGGAUCAAUGGACUCUCCCAGCAGAAAUUACAGAGGCAUACAAGCAGUGGCAUCCCCAAGUUUUGGACGGCAGAGGCGUCGAUGAUUCAGUCAGCAUUUGGUAAUUGCAAAUUUUGUCAUUCUCAAUUUUCCCCAUGUUUAUGCAUUGUUGUAUUGUAGUCAUAUCCAAUUUGAAUGCAAUCAAUAUUCUUUCCAUUGUAAGUUCUUAUUAGCUUGUCACUCAUUUUCGUCCUACUUUCUCUCGUUUUCUUUUUCCUUUUUUUUCCCCCACCCCUUUUCCUUUUGAAUUUUUUUUUUUUUCUUUCCAGUUCUGGAAAGGGGUGAGGGUUUGUAUGUGGUGGUGAGAUUAUUAAUUGCAAGUAUGUGGAACAUCAGACAUCGCUGUUAAUAAAAUUCUCUUGUAUUUUUUAA